AUGACCAACAUUGUCUAUCAGGCGGAUAUAAGUGGCUCAAGCAUACUUGUCAAUCCAUCGACGACGUCUGCAAUAACGAGUGGAAUGGAAACGCCUUCGGAUGAACAUUUAAGAAAAGAGCAAUGCGGCCAACAAGACGAUGAAAAUAUUCCCGAGUUUCAGGCUACUGAAUCUUUAUCCAAUAAAAGUAAAGAACACAAUAAAUCAAAAAACAUAAUUCCAACCGGUAGAAACCAACUAAUUACAACAGUAUUCGAUAACAUUAUAAAUAACUCUCAAAUAAACAAAUCUAAAGACUUGGUUGAGAGUAUUCCUGGUUUAUAUCGUUUAUUAUACUUAUACAAAGACGAAGAAUCUAAUGGUUUUGCCAAUAAAACAAUUAUCUCCAAGGAUUUUCUAAAGAAACUAUGCGAUGAUAUGGCUCCAUCAA